ACACCGCAAACCGCCCGAGCGCCCGAGCGCCGUGCCACAGCUAGACAAACAGAACAUAGCCGCCGUCUGCGUAUCCACAUUGCCUCGAAAGAUACAAAGCAUACCGUUACGGUGUCAGUGGAGCAGCGAUAGAAGUCCACUUGCCUCCUCGAUGGCCGUGCGUUUCUGUUAACGCGAGUGCGCUGUGAUUUUUUUUUUUGUAUUUGCCUUAACGACGAACCAGUUUUUUGCGAAGUGUCCUGUUUUUGUGUUCGAUUGAAAAAGUAGUUGGCUUCGUCGUCGUCGUCGACGUUAUUUUCACCUUAAGGAAGCUGCUUUUCGUGGCAAGCGAUGAGCCCGAAACUACAUGAAUUCACCGUAGUUCUGCAACGAGAUGGUCCCAAUACACCCUGGGGCAUUCGUCUGGUCGGCGGCAACGAUCUGGAUACUCCGCUCAUCAUAACCAGGGUUCAAGUAGGAAGCCCUGCUUAUGGGGAAGUGCUACGUGGCGAUAUAAUAGCCAAGGUCCGUGAUUAUGAUGCCCGCGAUUUGAACCACGCCGACGCUGAGACGCUUUUCCGCAACGCCGGCAAUGAAAUCAAAAUCGUCGUGCAUCGUGACAGUAAAAUCGCAUACACACAAGGACUCGGCGCCGAACCGUACGGAACUGGCCUUGGCUCAUCACCAGUUAAUAGCAACAGCCCAGACUUAUCCAAUGCCAAUGUGCCACACAGAGGACCUUCACCAUUUUUGCCAGGACCCGGUCAUUAUGAACGUGCUCUACAAUUACCUGUUGAUUCGUUGCCGCAAACAGUAUUUCCAAAACUGAACGCAUCUGGCGGCUAUGUGGCACCGCGCGACAGCGGAUGCUUCAGUCCCAUGCCGACGCGCGAUCACCAACAGGAUGUAGCCGAGGAACAAGCGGCCAUUGUGAAUCAACCAUACCGAACAACUCCACUGGUUCUGCCUGGUGCUAAAGUCAAGAAGGAUGCUCCAACCACAGAAUCAUACUUGAGGUAUCACCCGAAUCCGGCUGUGCGCGCUCAUCCCGGCCACGACUUCCAUGACAGCGUGAUGAAGCAACGCGUCGCCGACACCAUGUUGCACAAAGUAGUUGGCCAGGAUGCCGAUACUGGCAGGGUAUUCCACAAACAAUUCAACUCUCCCAUUGGCCUGUAUUCAGACAGCAACAUCGAGAACACCAUCAGACAAACAGUUCCUGCCAGUACCGAAAGUCCGCGCAUAAGGAGUAGUCCUUUGCAUCGUCCAAUGCCAACAAAACUUGACCGUUAUAAGAAGACUCUUCACUUUGACCCAUCGAAGAGCGAGACCUACAGAGCCAUACAGGAGGAGGGUGGUUAUGGAAAUGGCUAUGCCCCACAGGAGGUGACAGUGCCGGUCCAGCCAAAGGUCUUCCAACCAAACCGAUUGGUUCCAGGAAAGAAACCCAGCUCAGCAGCGCCCGUUUCCUACCCGACGUACAAUGUGGUAAAUACACAAGAUGACACCAUCCGUCAGAGUUCAUCUUUCAACCGCUUGAUGUACAGUGUAUUGGGCGCGUCAGAAUAUUAAGGUUUCUCUAUUCGAGAGCCCAUCGAUGUCACCUAAAAAAAGAGAACAACAAUCAAAACAACAACUUAAAUAGCGAUAGCCUUAAAUAAACAAAAUGAAAAUGUUAAACAUUUAGCGGAUGUUUAAUUAAAGAAACUGCAGUACAUAUAUUUAAUAUUAUAACAUACAUACAUAUGUAUGUACUUAACUAUGUAUUAUCAUACAAAAAUAAAUUACAUAUCUAACAUUAUCAAAUA